UCAACACAACGUCCACCCAGCUGCUGAACGUCUGUGUGCGGAAACAAGGACAGAAGUUGCCUGUAACGGUUGUUUAAUUGUAUUUUUAUAUGAAGUAAUUAGUGCAGUAAAAUCAGAGCGGAUUUAAGCGACAUAUUCUCCGGUGCUGCUGUGAAUACUAUCAAUGGGCGUGACAGCCGCACAACCACGACAACAACAACAACAACAGCAGCAGCAGCACAACAACAAAAACUCCGCUUCCGGUUUCUGGAUGUAGCUGUCAGACUCCAGCAUCGUUUUAUUUAAACGGGGAAUCGCUUUAUCAGCAGCUUUAUUAUGAGCGAAGGAGAAGUGUUUCAUGAGAAGCAACGAUUGGAGCUGUGCGCGAUUCAUGCACUCAACAACGUGCUCCAGGAGCGGGUGUUCACCAAGGAGACAGCCGACGACAUCUGCAAACGGCUGGCUCCACAGUGUGUGGUGAACCCCCAUAGGUCAGUUUUAGGCACGGGAAACUAUGACGUCAACGUCAUCAUGGCAGCACUACAGAGCAGGGAACUGGCCGCGGUGUGGUGGGACAAACGCAGGACAAUACAGAGCCUUUGCAUGUCCAAGGUGCAAGGUUUCAUUCUGAACGUCCCGUCGCGCGUAUCACUUGGGAUCGUGUCCCUCCCGCUCCGAAGGCGGCACUGGCUCGCAGUUCGGCAAGUUAACGGACAGUACUACAACCUGGACUCCAAACUGAAGAGUCCUGUCUGCAUCGGGGGAGAAGCAGAACUACGUGCAUUUCUCAGUGAACAGCUUUCUCAGGACGUGGCAGAGAUGCUCCUGGUGGUCCGGCGGGAGGUGGAGGAGGACGGUUCAUGGCUGAACUCUGACAUCCCCAAGAAGUGAUGACUUGGGACAAGGACAUACCUUUACCUAGCAUGGAAAAAGAAAAACUCCUCUGGGAAAAAGACAUUUUUAAAAACAAACACCUCAUUACAGACAACUCUUCAGGGAAUGCAUUAAAAUACAUUUGAUAUCUACACACAGAGGAAAUUCCAAAGAGAAGCAGAGACGGACAUGUGGUCCUGAAAUGAAGAACUGAUGAUUGUAACGCCUGAAAAGCUACGGCUAAGAUAUGACCCGUGUAUCUGCGUUGUCCACUCUGCUCUUGGUACCUUUUUGUUUUAACACUGGGAAGGUGCACUUAAACUAACAAAGUUGCAAAGUUUGAGGCAAAUAUGGGCUAGUUUGAUGAUACUUGAGUUGUGACACAUGACUGAACUUUCACUGUUUUGUGGUAGAAAUGUUGCAGACAGUGGUUGUGCAUAAAAAAAACAAAAACAAACAAAAAGCAUCUGCAACAAUGAUAAGUGGACUUCUUUGAUUACUAAAACAUCACCAAGAAGAAAACAGUUGAAUUGAAUUUGCUCUGUUACAUACGGUAUCUUUGGACUUUUCUGAUGUAGUCGUCAGAAUUAGAUCAAUACGCGGUAAACUGUACGUACAAGCUGCUCGUGUCAAAAUGCAUCGAGCAGCACCUCAGUGAACCACCUCUUUCCCCGUCUUUGUUGUUAACCUUCUAUGCACUGCAGAGUUAGAUUUGUUAGCACUGUUUGUCUGUGUGUGUGUGCGUGUGUGUGUGUGUCAUGUAGGUACAGGUACUGUGAGGGCAUCACCUGGUGAGGCAUUGAAGGACUGUACCGGUGUCUUUGCAUGUUUUAGGCCAUUUAGUAUAACAUUUUUUAUAGUGUGCCACUUUUUUUUUAGAUUUUUGAAUGUGUUUUCUGAUCCACCAGACAACCUUUGGCUUUCACUCAUUUAGCUACAGUAAAAACAAAUGAAUAUGCAGAGAUUUUAAUGUGGAUGAACAUCUUGUCGCCUUUUAUUUUUGUCAAAGUUACAUUAUUGAUGUGUGAUAAUGCAGUUGGAUCCACGCACUAAUGAAGCAGUGACAAAAAUGAAAGCAGACGUGACGCUCACAGUGAUAGAUUACCUAUCUCAACCAGGUGUCCAGUCUCUGCAGGUUUAUUCUCACACUGUUGUGUCCUGAAUGGAAACCAGUGGUUGCGUGGAAGUUUGGAAGAUGGCUUUUGAAAAUCUAAAUAGUGAACAUGAAUUAUGAUGUACAUGAGCCGCUUAAGAGUUAAACAUGCAAAAACACUGGCUCUGUGACUGUAUGUAACCUUCAUGUUUGUAUUUUGUCUCUCCUAUUGAUCUAUGCAUAUCCAAAAGAAUAGGAGCACUAUCUCUGGUACACACUAGUGACUAACAAACACAUAAACCUAAGCUCAGAGGUUCAUAAUAUUGAAGUUGUAUUUAUAUUAAACUUUGACUUCUUGUUUUAA